GUGUGUGUUGCCCUUUGUGGAUCUGUCGCCCCCGCCCUGCUCCUGGAAGAGACUGGAAGCUCCCCCCCAGCUUUUGGCCCAAGCCCCCAUUACUGAGAGAGAAAGCAGGCUUUUGCCAAGGACUCCGAGGGGAGUGGACUCCACUCUGGUCGGAACCCAAGGCACCCAGCCCUCCCUGAGACAUUAUUGUAAGUUGGGCUGGGCCUGCAGACACGGCUCCUGGCGCUCCACCCCAGCCAGGGUGGUGCUUGUGUGGGAAGCGCUUGAAAUCCGGCUGCCAGACCCCUGGACGGCAGAGGCGGAGAGGGCUGGCCACCAUGCACAGCUCUUGCAGUCUCUCGGCACUUCUGCUGUCGCCGCUAUUGCUGCUGCUGCUACUGGCUACCAUGGACCCCAGCCGAGCCCUGAGCGCCAAUGAGAAACGGACACUAGUGGAGCUGCACAACCUCUACCGUGCCCAGGUGUCCCCGUCUGCCUCGGACAUGCUGCAGAUGAGAUGGGACGAGGAGCUGGCCGCCUUCGCCAAGGCCUACGCCCAGAAGUGCGUGUGGGGCCACAACAAGGAGCGUGGGCGGCGCGGCGAGAACCUCUUUGCCAUCACUGACGAGGUCAUGGAUGUGCCGCUGGCCAUGGAGGAAUGGUACCAGGAGCAUGCUUACUACAAUCUCAGCGCUGCCACCUGUGCACAGGGUCAGGUGUGCGGCCAUUACACGCAGGUAGUCUGGGCGAAGACAGAGAGGAUCGGCUGUGGCACCCACUUCUGUGAGAAGCUCGAGGGCGUAAAGGAGAUCAACAUCCAGAUCCUCGUGUGCAACUACGAGCCCCCGGGCAACGUGAAGGGCAAGAGGCCCUACCAGGAGGGAACUCCGUGCUCCCAGUGUCCCUCCGGCUACCGCUGUGAGGACAAGCUCUGCGAACCCAUCAGAGGCCCGGAAGAGGCUCAGGAUUUACCCGACCUGCAGUCCGCAUCUAACCCGGCAACUGAAGCCUCGGGUGCUGGGAAAUCAGGUGCCCCUUCCCUAGCCAGGGAGAGUACAUCCUCUCCGGCCACAGGGGGCACAGGUUUGCUGGCCACCAAGGCUCUACCUGAUGCAGAAACUCGGGCCCCCUCUUCCCUAGUGACCACAGAGCCCUUCUCCAUGGCAACUGAGGCCAUGUCUUCCUCAGUGAAUGAGGGCCCUUCCACUUUGGCAACUCAUAGGCUGCCCCCCCUAGAGGAGGAGCCAGAUACCCUCCAGCAAAUGACUCAGGCUCCUAGCCCCAAACUAAUGGACACAGUGGCCAGUGAGACCAGCAUACCCUCCCUGAGUCCACAGACAACCCUGUCCCCCAAGAUGUCCACAACAGGGACAAGUGGGCCCUCCCUGAGCCCAGAGAGAACCCUGUCCCCCAAAAUGUCCACAACAGGGACAAGUGGGCCCUCUCUGAGCCCAGGAAAAACCCUGUUCCCUAAAAUGUCCACAACAGGGACAGGUGGGCCCUCCCUGAGCCCAGAGAGAACCCUGUCCCCCAAAAUGUCCACAACAGGGACAAGUGGGCCCUCCCUGAGCCCAGAGAGAACCCUGUCCCCCAUGAUAUCCACAACCGGGACAAGUGGGCCCUCCCUGAGCCCAGAAAAAACCCUGUCCCCCAAGAUGUCCACAACAGGGACAAGUGGGCCCUCCCUGAGCCCAGAGAGAACCCUGUCCCCCAAGACAUUCCCAAGAGGGACAAGUGAGCCUCCACCCCAGGCCCAGUGGCCUCCUUCCAGUGAGAUCUUGGCCUCAGAUUUUCCAGUCCAAAAUCAGCCAGGUGAGCUGCAGGCCAUACUGGACCACAUGGGGCAUACUUCCUCCAAGUCCCUGUCCAGUAUCCCCAAUGUCUCUGCCAUCGCUAAUGCCACAGGUGGGCGUACCCUGGCCCUGCAGGCAUCCUUGCCAGGUGCAUCUGAAAAACACAGCAUGAAAUGGAGGAUGAAUGGGGGUCACAUGGGGGGCCCUCUGCAGGGCCUAGUGCUCCUACCUCUGCUGGUGUUGGCUGCCAUGUUCUGAAGGGGAACAGCACUCCAUGGCAAGGCCUGGUGUUGGGAGACCUCAUGCCCUCUCAAGAUGGUCUUGCUCCAAGGCGGAGGCCACAGCUUCCUGGGCAGGUCCUGCUCUGUGGCUCAGUUGUCCCUAGUUGCCUCAGCUUCCGUUCAACUUCCAGGCCAGGCCUCCCAGCCCUGGGAGCCCCACGCCACAGCAGCACCUGUGCCUCUGGGGAUCGCCCUCGGCCACUGUUGCUGUGCAGUGGCCCCUGGGACCUCGCAGGCCUGACUGCUCUCCUAGAGCCAGAGCAUCCAGGACUUCCCCGGGGACCUCUGGCAUCUCCCAGUUCCUGGUCUCUUCCUUGAGCCAUCUGAGGCCAGGGCUGUUCCAGAUGUGGCUUCUGCCUCCCCCCAUCCUGCCAUGUCCCUCACCCUGUCCCCAGCCCUUGGUGGAAGGCCCUCAGGGAGGGGAAGACCAAGCAUGCUGGAGGCAGACCUGGCCGGUUGGGAGCUGGCUGGUGACUGUACAGCAGCCCGCCCCACCCCCCACCUGCCAUGGGGGCUGGAGGGUGGCAUUAGGGGAGCCCUGCGUGCUUGGCCUGGGGCUGUCCCCGAGAACCUUUGUAGCUGUGUUGGGACAGGGUGGUGGUGAGGAGCAGAUGAAAGACAAGCCCCACGCAGGCGGGGUGCUGCUGAGUGGGGGAGCUGGGGGCUCCUAAAUAAAGCCUGCUUGAGAGUCCCUGUAGUCUAACUGCUGCGUGAGCAAGGGCAGAGCAGUGCUGCUGGCAUUGGCAUUCUCCAAGCUGUGGCCAUUCCUCCUGCUCUUUCACAGCCCACUCCCCCAGAACCCUCCAGAUGUUGCCUCCUCUUCUUCUCUACCCUCACAUUGCCCCCACCCAAAUGCCAGGCAGCCUGCCAGAAG